GAGUGGAACAGCAGACGAAGACGACGAUGAUGAAGAUGUCUCUGUUUCUUCUGUUCCUGGGUUUUGUUGUGAAUUUUUCCGCUGCUGCCAAACCAGGCAGCUGUGUGGGUCGCUGUGGUGAGACGUUUACCAGAGGUCAUCAGUGUAAAUGUGACUUCAGCUGUCUGCGUCAUAACGAAUGCUGCCACGACUAUGACUCCGUUUGCACCGCCGCUCAGUCCUGUCAGGGUCGCUGUGGUGAGCUCUUCAGACGGGGUCGUGUCUGUGACUGUGACCCAGAGUGCAGCCUCUACAACACCUGUUGUCAUGACAUCCAGCUGCAGUGUGGAAAUGAUGCCACUGCAGUGCUGUUACACCAGAGAACCUUUCAGUCUUCCAGGGUCUCAGGGGUCUCAGGAUCUCGUAAAUCAGUGAGAGGCAGGAAAGGCUCGAACAGUGAGAGUGAGGAGUGGUCUUCAUCAGCCAGACGUCCCUGCAGACAGUCUCAGUGUCCAGGAGGUGCCUCGUCUCUGCGGAACCCAGUGCUUGGACCCCAGUUUUCUGGAAGACAGACCAGCCAACUGCAACAAGGUGUGAAUAAUGUUCCUGUUGGUCUACUUCCUGUUUCUCCAUCUUUUUCCUCUGGGGGGCCUCCAGCGUUUGGCUCCUCUCUGCCCGGUCCCGGCGCUCCCUCUGUGGGCACUGGUCCUGCUGUGAGUCCGUCUGGUUCUGGAGCAGUCACUGGUAAAGUCAACGUCCACCUGGUGCUGUCCCAUGGUGGAGCUGCUGCAUCAGGACCAAGUCCAAGUCUCAAUGACCCUGCAGGCGCCAGACCCGGACCUGGAUCCACCCUCCAGGAUGUAGCCCAGGCUCUGGGACUCUCAGUGCUGGAGGGGGGCUCAGUGGUACCAGGUGCAGGUCCGCUUUCUGAACUAUGCAGUGAUUCUCCCAUCAGUGGACUGACGGCUCUGAGCAACGGGACCAUACUGAUAUUUAAAGGGGAACUGUACUGGUCAGUGGACCCGGUCAGUCGCUCAGCUGGUCGUCCUCAGAACAUUACAGAAACUCUUGGUAUCCCAUCUCCCAUCGAUACUGUCUUCACACGCUCCAACUGUCACGCAAACGUCUACAUUAUCAAGGGAGACCAGUACUGGCGUCUUGACCGGAACAUGGUGAUGGAGCCGGACUUCCCCAAACCUCUGGCCUAUGAGUUUCCAGGACUGACAGGAGGCCUCAGGGCGGCGCUGGCAGCACCAGCCUCCAGCAGCAGAGCCGAGACCAUAUUCUUCUUCAGGAACGGAGACAUCAUGCAACGCUUCACUUUCCCAUCAAGUAACACGCCGUCCUGCAGCAUAACUCCCAGGAGCACCAUGAGGAGACGCUCUGCUCGCCAGGCCGAAGUACUUCUGAGUGGAGAGAUCAACCUCAAAUUGACUCUGAAGGACUUCCCGUCUCCGGUCACUUCUGCUCUGACCACACUCGUCCCUCAGAGGAGUGACCGCUACGAACACUAUGUCUUCACUGGACCUCUAUUCUUCAGUGUCAGCAUCUCAGGGGAUCUGCCGGCGCUGCUCAAACCGGACCCAUCCUUCUCACCUCUACUCAGCCCUCCUGUCACCACGGCAACCAGCUCCACCAACACAGCAGCUACAAGCACCAACCCUCUGCGACCACCGAACUCCAUCCAAGUCUGGCUGCAGUGUCCGUAGGAAAGCAGACAAGGAUCGGCUCUAUUUGCUUCAGCACAGUUCAUUUCUACUUAGUUAAUGUUAGAAAAGCAACAGGUGAUUAUUUCUUGCACUGACGUCAUAUCAGCACAUUAGGUCAAUUCUCCCAAAAAUAUAUGAAUGUUUAACAGGUUUGAAAAUAACAUAAGACAAAUUGCUGCUUUUUUAUUAUUUUACUUUAUUAUUAAAACAAAAGUAUUAAUUGUCCAGUGACAGAGCAAAAUAAAAAGACACCCACAAAAUUACAAAACUAGAACUGGCUUCAUGAAUAAAUGUCAAAAAAAAAAAAAAAAAAAAAAAAAA